AAAAUGCACUGUUCACUUACUGCAACCCGGGUUUAUGUUAAGAUACGAACUGCCAUAUUUUUAUCUAAAUUUACAAGUAUAAUUUCUGAUUCUCUGACCCUUGAUGGACAAGAAAUCACUACCCAUCGAUGGAGGAAGGGGACCCACUAAUCUCUCCCCUUCUUUAUCAACUGUACCACUGCCAGCCAUAAUGAGUUCCUCCACGUAACAUUGCCUUCUGAUCUCUCACUCUCUGCAUUUACACACACACAGACACUCACUCUAUUUUCUCCAUACAGGUUCUCCACAUCCUAGCUACUCUCUCAUUCAUGGCUCUCCUUCCCUUGUUUAUUCUCAUUCUUAUGGCUCCUUCCUCUAGUAAUGCUCAAUGGCCACCUUCACCUGGCUACUGGCCAGGUUCUAGGUUCAGGUCAAUGAGCUUUUAUCAAGGAUACAGAAAUCUCUGGGGUUAUUCACAUCAACGAGUAGACCAGAAUGCGUUGACUAUCUGGCUAGAUAGCACAUCAGGUAGUGGAUUUAAAUCAGUUAAACCAUUUCGAUCAGGGUAUUUUGGUGCUUCCAUUAAGCUCCAACCUGGCUACACUGCGGGUGUUAUAACAGCUUUCUAUCUUUCAAAUAGCGAAGCUCACCCUGGGUACCAUGAUGAAGUGGACAUAGAAUUUCUUGGCACGACAUUUGGGAAGCCUUACACUUUGCAGACCAAUGUUUACAUCAGAGGAAGUGGGGAUGGGAGAAUAAUUGGGAGAGAAAUGAAGUUUCAUUUAUGGUUCGAUCCAACCAAAACCUUCCAUUAUUAUGCCAUUCUUUGGAGUCCCAAGGAGAUCAUAUUCCUCGUGGAUGAUGUGCCCAUUAGGAGGUACCCGAGGAAAAGCGCCACAACUUUUCCACUGAGGCCGAUGUGGGUUUACGGUUCAAUCUGGGAUGCCUCGUCUUGGGCUACUGAAGACGGAAAAUACAAAGUUGAUUACAGGUAUCAACCAUUUGUUGCUAGUUACACCAAUUUCAAAGCAAGCGGCUGCUCAGCCUAUUCACCAGCCUGGUGCCACCCUGUGUCCGCCUCUCCGUUCCGGUCGGGUGGGCUCACAAGGCAACAAUAUAGAAGCAUGAGAUGGGUCCAAAGACACCACAUGGUCUAUGACUAUUGCAAGGACUACAAGAGAGACCAUUCCCUAACACCUGAGUGUUGGAGUUAAUAUAAGCGAUUGCUUUGAACAUUGAUGUGUCAACUCCUGUAUAGGAAAAUGGAAAUCACUUGAAAAAAAGAAAAAAAGACAGUUUAACUUGCCUUGUGAUUUCAGAUUUUUUUGUCUUUUAUUUAUGAAGGUGUCUUGAGAUGGUUCCUCGCUAGCUAAAGGCAUUAUACAUGCCAGAGCAGUUGAGCGUCCAAGGCUCCCGAUUGGAAAAUUUGUUUGAUUCGUCCAGUGUUUGAACA